ACGUCUUUUUUUACGUCAUUCCUUCCACGUCUAAUCCUGACCUUCAGGGAAAUUCCCAACCUUUCUGGGAACAUUUCUGAAACUCACUGUACCCAAAAACGACAGGUCAUGCGUUCGGCCCGAGACGUUACCCGACACUGUUUUCGAGACGGUCUCUCUCUCUCUCUCUCCAUCAAAAUUAAUCUGAAAAAAGUAGGAAAGAAGUGGAAUUUCCUGAACACGGAUCUUUCCUGCAGCGCUGAGCACUAAAUCCUCCAUCAUCAGCCGGCAACUUUAUCUCUGGCAUCAUGACAACAAGAGGCCAAAAAAACAAGCGCCAUUUCCCCAACACCAGCCUCUUAAAGAGGAAAAUAUCUAUUUAUCCUCUGCCAGACUGCUAUUGCUUUACAGAGCAAUUAGGUUUACCUUUCCCUCCAAAUAAUGCCCUGAAUGACCCAGGGAAUCCCUCCAUUCAGUACGACUCAGAAACCCACCGAAUGACAUGUUGACGUCUGCCUAACUAUCAGGUUAACCAUAACCCUCCGGAGCUGUAACGUAAAGACUGUUUAAAGAAACACUUCCAUCUACACACAGAGAGAGAGAAAAUAUUCAGGGACUUUUUUGGGUCCUGUGAGAAAAAGAGAAACAUUAAAUGUUAAAUAUGCAGCAGGUAACAAAAGGUUUAGUGUCACGUAAAGGUUACUCCUUUAAUGGAAACGAUCAGGGGAAUGUACAGACAAAUGAAUCCUUACAUUAAGCCACGCAAUUAAUGUAAUCCAAGAUGAAGCUGUUUUCCCCACAUCUCUCCUCCCACAAUCUCAAUGGCCUUUGAAGAGCUAUAAAGGCUUUGACGGACAGUCUCGACACAGGACCAGAUCAAGUGCAAUACUACAUUGUGUACUGUACACCGCGAGAGCCCAUCUCUGACCUCCAACCAUGCUGACCAGGAAUAUCCUCAUCCUCUGCUCUUUGGCUCUGGUUUUGGUUAAAGCAGACAUUGAAGCAGUGGAUGGCGGGUCCCAAGCCAUGUUUGCCACAGAUCAGGACUCAACAUCAGACGAGGCACCGACAGAAAGCAUGAACUUGGUCUCACCUGACCGGCCUAAUGAUGAGCUUUUGCAUUAUAAUGGAGCAAAUGCAGAUGCCAGCAGUGCAGAGACGGUGAAUAAUGCACCUCAAGUAAAUGAUGUGCCUAAAGCUGAUGCAGCUAAAUCUAGCAUGGAAGACAAUGAUGAGGAAGAAGCACCGGACUCAGAGGAGAUUGCGUCUGUGAAACCCGCUCCGGCUCCAGUCCAACGGGCAACCAAAUCCCAUAAUGCAUCAGCACGUAAACGCAGCAAACCAGCCUCAAAAAAGAGAACAAGAAACCUUCGUCCAUGAGAUGUGAACCUUAGACAGGAAAACAAGGACAAGGCAGUGAUAUAAGAUGACAAACAAACAUUAUUGUUUUUGUUUGCAGUGGCAUUUUUUGUUUUGUUUUGAGAAUCGUGAACUAGACUUUAUCUUCUGUGAUGUACUGAUUUAUUUGUGUGUUUGUUUUAUUGUGUGUUUGUGUGAAUUGCUACAAACAUUCGGCACAGAUUCUGCGGGCUCAUUUUCUGUGAGCUCUCUGUUAAUGUGACCUACAUCAUUGUGCUUGCCAAAUAUUUGAGCAAACUCUACACCAAUGUGUAGAGUUGAUUUCAUUUUAGAUCAGACUACUCAAAAAUAUACUGUUUUAAUAUUGUAUAAGCUGUUAUAGCUGUUUAUUUCCUUGAUUAAAUACAGGAUAAAGUUACGGGAUAUAAAAUCGAACAUUCUCAGACUUGAUGAUAAAAGCUGGUGCUGGCAACCUGAUGACUUUGUGCUCAGAUGCGCCAAGACUUUAAGCUCUUAUAAAAACACACAAAAGCCUUUGAUCUCCUCACAAUGUCAGUGUUUAAAUCAAAAGUGUUUCUAUCUUUGUUUUCAGUCACUUUUUUAUACACAAAGUAUUUAACAUUAUUGAAUUUACAAAUAUUUUAAUCAACGUGUUAUUCUGAAACAUUUCUGUCUUUUAUUGUAGCCCUAAAUAAAAUAUGGUA